AUGGGGAACUCAGCCCCAAUCGCCUACGGAGGCUACGCCAUAGCCCUCGCUAUCCACGCCGCAUGCAAAACCGCCCCAGAUAGAUUCCACCUCUACUCCGCCAUGGGCCACUACCUGCGAGCAGUCAGCACAGAAGAAAACCUACUCUUCACGCCCAUCCAAUUGCGCAAAACGAAGAACUUUGUGACCUACCGCGUGGCAGUAGAGCAGCGAUUCCCCGACUCCGGUGAGUUACGGCUGUGUAUGGAGCUCCUGGCGGAUUUCCAUAAGGAUGAGCCGUCUGUUCUCGAGUAUUCGGCGCGACCUACGCGGAAGUAUAGUCAUUGGCGGGAUUGCGUGUCGUGGGAAGACCUCGUGGAGAAGGAUUGGGUGACGCCUGGCAGGAUUUCCAAAGCGCAGGCUAAGGUGUUCAAUACACUCUUUGGGCUAUCGCGAGAUAUCCUCGAAAACCGUCCGUGCCCGGAAGGCGUCACAUCUCAGAACUUGUUGGGAUUGGCCAAGAACGCUGAAACCACCCAGGACGAGCUGUCUCCGACAGCAAAAUCAUCUGGAGAUUGGAUCCGGGCGAAGCAUCCCUUGCAGACAGAGGGGGAACAGAUCGCCAGUCUGGGAUUCAUUAUGGAUGGCGCCUUGUCUUUCUUACCUCUGGCCCACAACCAUAUGUUCUUCCAUGAUGUGUCGGCAUGUUCGAGUCUGGAUUUUGCGCUACGGAUUUUCUCGCCGCAGCCCACAAUGGAAGAGUGGCAUUUGCGGGAGGUUGUUAGCCACCGUGCGGGACAUGGGCGUACUUAUAGUGAGAGCAAGCUGUGGGAUGAACGGGGGGAGUUGGUCGCUUCUAUGACGCAGCAGUGUAUUUUGCGGGUUCCUAAUAGGGCGAAGAUGUGA